AGUACCUCUCCACGAAGACAUCUCGUCAUCUUUUGGCCUUUCUGCAAAAUCCCUCUUUAUACUUAUCCAUUUCUCACAUCGGGUUUCAUCGCCAGGCGUUAGGGCUGUACAAAAAAGGGGGCAAAUCGAAAAUCGAAGAAAACCCACCAAGUGUUUGAGGAAAUGUUCAGAAGAAACAACAAAGGACAGGAUUGGUUUCAUCACUAGAUUAUUCAAUCUUCAAUUUUUGGUUGAAUCAGAGCUGAUUUGUGUAAGUAUAGAUAAUUUUUGGGUGUUUGUGAUUGGGGUAAUUUAGAGAGGAGUAAAUUGGUUGGGAAGGAUGCGAGGACGAUGUGGAAGGAGAUCGGAGACAGAGAAUUUGGCAAGCUUCGCCCUAAUUUAUUCAGCAAUCGUAUUAAGUCGGCUAGAAUCGCUUCUAUUCAACUCUCCAACUACAAAGAUAUCAUUUCUCCUCACCGUGGCUCCGUCAACUCCCUUCAGGUUGAUUUGACAGAGGGACGAUAUCUGUUAUCCUCUGCUUCGGAUGCAUCAGUUGCUGUUUAUGAUGUCCAACGUGCAACUGAUUACGAUGAAAGUGGUCUGAUUGCAAAGCACAAACACAUACUUUUGGUUGACAAGCAACAUGAGCAGGGCCACAAAUAUGCCAUUUCCACAGCCAACUGGUAUCCGAUUGACACGGGACUUUUUAUUACAGGCUCUUAUGAUCAUUACGUUAAUGUCUGGGAUACUAACACAACACAGGUGGUAGUUAAUUUCAAAAUGCCUGGAAAAGUGUACAAGACUGCCAUGUCUCCGGUGGCAACAUCACACAUGUUAAUUGCUGCUGGAACUGAAGAUGUUCAAGUUCGUCUUUGUGAUAUUUCUUCGGGUGCAUUUGCUCACACAUUAUCUGGCCAUCGUGAUGGAGUAAUGUCGGUUGAAUGGUCUGCUUCUAGUGAGUGGGUUUUGGUAACAGGGGGAUGCGAUGGCGCCAUUCGCUUUUGGGACAUCAGGCGUGCAGGAUGUUUUCGUGUUUUGGAUCAGUCUCAUACUCAGCUUGGAAGACGCCCAUCUCUUCUUACACGAUCCACUGCAAACAAGGGUUCCACACUGAAACCAUCUUCUGGAGGCCCAAAUUCAUCUGCAAAAGGCCGUCCAUCUCAGAAAAAAAUGGGAAAUGGCGUGAGUAUCAAACACUCUGCAAUUGCUAGACAAGUGAGGGGGUCUGGGAAGCAGCGACUGCAUCCAGGGAUGCUCUCUAGUCAAGAUAGAGCCACUGCGCAUUAUGGUGCUGUCAAUGGAUUAAAAAUGACCAAUGAUGGAAUGUAUCUCCUUAGUGCAGGUUCUGAUUCAAGGUUAAGGUUAUGGGAUAUUGAAUCUGGUUGCAAUACACUUGUGAACUUUGAAACAUCACGACUCCAGGCCACAAAAGCUACACAGUUAGCCAUAUCUCAUGAUUCAACACUUGUAUUUGUGCCAUGCAUGUCAGCUACUAAGGCAUUUGAUUUGUGGUCAGGCAAAACGAUGAUGGAUUUACGUGGCCACUAUGAAAAUGUGAACUGUUGUCUGUACAAUUCACUGGACCAGGAACUAUUCACGGGUGGUAAUGACCGGAAAAUUCUUGUGUGGUCUCCAAGUAGAACCACUACCGAGGAAUUGGAAGGGAGGGAAGGACAAUCUUUUGCGAUCGACCAAGAUAAUUGGAGUGAUUGAGUAGCUCACGAAAUUUUAGAGGUUCCAUGUCAAGUUCAACUUUUAGUUUUCUUCA